AUGGACUUCUUUGAUCAUCUUCAAGGAUUUUGCCCAGUUCAUUUUCUUGUCAAUGCCAAUGACAUGACCUUCUCUAACAACAAGGUUGAUCAAGCUCAAUGGGGCUGUCCUUGCCCAGAGUACUCCGGCUAUGGUAAUGGCGCCCUCAACAACGCUGGCGGUUUGGUCCUCGCUGGGCCUUCCGCUGAAAACAACAUGGUUGUUGCUGAACAUUGCCUCGUCCAAGCUCCCGGGGUCAUUCCCGCCAACCUCCACUACCCAGAUCGUAACGAGUCCUUGGGUUCAGCCUCUGACGAGCCAGCCGCAUCCCAAGCUCACAACUCCAAGCUCUUCACCUGCGACCACUGUGGAUCCAUCUCCGCGAAGACGUCGCGAGACUUCAAGCGCCACUUGCAGACUGAAAAACAUCGCAAGAAUGCCAGCAGAAGCGGUCCAGGAGAGUUUCAGGUGGAGUGGUCACCGAACCGUGGCACUGAAUUUCGCUGCCCAGUCCCACCCUGCAACAAGACAUUCCCGCGCAAGGAUAACCUGUGGAGGCACAUUGCUAAGAUGCAUAGGAUCUCGGAUGAAGAUGAGUGA